AUGUCGUGGACGCGCGCACCCGGCGGGUCGCUGCUACCCCGUGACGGCGAAAGCUCCACCGACACCUUCCUCCGCCUGAUCUCGAACCCGUUCAGUACUCAGACCAACGAGAGCGCCUUCUGGUCCUCUCUCGGAUACUCCGUCGGCGCCGCCAUCCUCUUCGCCCUCCUCUUCUGCGUCCUCCGUCCCUACAACAGCACUGUAUACGCACCACGCCUGAAGCAUGCCGACGAAAAGCACGCCCCACCCGCCGUCACCAAAGGCGUUUUUGCUUGGGUACAGCCCGUUCUCAAGACCCGUGAGCAGUUGCUCAUUGAGAAGGUCGGAAUUGAUGCUACGGUUUUCCUGCGCUUCACCAAGAUGUGCCGGAACAUCCUCCUCAUUCUGUCCGUGAUUGGUUGCGGCGUGUACAUUCCGCUCAACUUGGCCGAAAACGCGAGCAACAACCAGCUAUCGGGCGUCACAACCUUCAUGAAGUUUACCCCGCUGGGUGUGUGGGGAAAAGCGUGUUGGGCACAUGUGCUGCUGGCGUACGUUUUCGAUAUCACCGUCUGCUACUUUCUGUGGUCCAAUUACAAGGCCGUCUAUAAAAUGCGGAGGGAUUAUUUCGACAGCCCCGAGUAUCAGCGGAGUCUGCACUCACGCACCUUGCUGGUCACAGACAUUUCUAAAUCUUACCGCACCGACGAGGGUGUCUGCAGGCUCUUGGACGAAGUGCACGUGACGGAUGGCCAUCCACGAGGAGUCAUUGCUCGCAACGUCAAGGAUCUCCCGGAACUGAUUGAGCAGCACGAGAAUGCCGUCCGUCAUUUGGAGUCGGUUCUCGCCAGGUACCUCAAGAACCCAAACCAUCUGCCACCGAAUCGACCGACUUGCAAGACGCCGAAGAAGGACCGCUCAUACUCACCCGGAACAAAGGUAGACGCCAUCGACUAUUUGACGUCCAGAAUCCGGAGCUUGGAAAUCGAAAUAAAGGAGGUCAGACUUACCGUCGAUAACCGAAAUGCUCUUCCAUACGGAUUCGCCAGUUAUGAGGGCAUUGAAGAGGCGCACCAGGUGGCAUAUGCUGGAAAAAACAAGCACCCUCACAAAUCCUCCGUUAGGCUUGCCCCAAAGCCUAGUGACCUCAUCUGGAGCAACCUUCCGCUGACGCCUUCUCAACGCCGUGGGAGGGCCAUUCUUAACAACGUCUGGGUCAUUAUGCUCACUGUUGUUUGGUGCAUUCCUAACGGUCUCAUCGCUGUUUUCCUGUCAAACUUGGGCAAUCUCGGACUUGUUUGGCCUGCUUUCAAUACCGAACUCUCGCGGAACCCAAAGACCUGGGCUGCUGUUCAGGGUAUUGCUGCUCCAUUUAUUACCACCAUCUUCUAUUUCUUCCUCCCUGCCAUCUUCAGACGCCUCUCGAUCAACGCUGGAGACUACUCGAAAACCUCGCGCGAACGGCACGUGACUCACAAGCUAUACGCUUUCUUCGUCUUCAACAACCUCCUGGUGUUCUCGCUGUUCUCUACAGCCUGGAAGUAUGCCAGCGCAGUGAUCCAAGCAGAGAAAGAUCUCAGCGUGUGGGACGCACUGAAAGCCGCCGAUCCUUGGGCCAACGCCAUGACAGCUUUCUGUGACGUUUCUCCAUUUUGGCUCAACUACCUCUUGCAGCGUAACUUUGGUGCCGCAUGGGAUCUGUCACAGCUGACGAACCUGCUCUGGGGUUAUGUCGUUCGCAAAUGCACUAACCCAACUCCUCGCCAUCUGAUCGAGCUCACCGCGCCUCCGCCCUUCGACUACGCCGCGUAUUACAACUACUUCCUGUUUUAUACCACGAUCGCCCUCAUCUUUGCACCCUUCCAGCCCCUGGUCUUGCCGGUAGCUGCUUUCUACUUCACCAUGGACAGCUAUCUGAAGAAGUAUCUGUUGCUCUAUGUUUUCAUUACCAAGCACGAAUCGGGUGGCUCUUUCUGGCGUGUACUCGUCAACAGAAUGAUGUUCGCCACGUUCUUUGCCAACGUCGUAGCGACCCUCUUCAUUACUGCCAGAAAGGAAAGCUACACUCAGCUGUUCUGUAUGGUCCCUCUCCUCUUUCUGCUUGGAGGAGUGAAGUGGUACUUCAAGCGCACUUUCGAUGAUGGCAUGCACUACUACAGCAAGGGAGUCCAAAAAGAUCAGGAAGAGGGUCUCCCGGAGAGGAAGAAGCGUCGCGAUCGUGUUGGCGUUCGCUUCGGACAUCCGGCGCUUUACAAGCCAUUGAUGACUCCUAUGGUCCACUCCAAAUGCGAACACGUCCUCAGCCAGAUAUACCGCGGCCGUCUGGAAGCUGAAACCGACGGGGCCAACACCGGCUACGGUGACACAUACAACAUGGAAGACAUGUCUAAAACCCGCACCGGCAAAGCCAUGGGUCCCAACGCACCAUUCGAGCUCGUCAACGACUCACAGCUCGACUUCGAGAACUAUCGCGAUCGACCAGAGUUCCGUGAUGAGUUCGGUGGUGACGGCGAGUUGUAUGGCCGUCCGUCAGAUAUGUCCCGGCCCGGCACGCCUGGUACCUUCACAACCGGCCACGGCAGCGACAACGGCUCCCGUGCCGGCUCUCCCGCCUUCAAUUCCCCUUAUCGCGGGUCCCAGGACAGCGACCGGACCUUCACCGACGGCGACCCGCAUGCCGGUGGCCCUUCCGCUGCCGGCGGGGGCGCCACCUACCCAGCCGGCUAUCACCAGCCACCCGUCCUGGGUAUGUCGACGGUUUUGGCCAACCAGCCCCGCUCAUACAGCCCACUGCACCGCAUAUCGUCAGAAGAUCUGGCCGGACCCGUGCAGACGCACAAUCAGGACUUCUCAAACGUAAACCUCAUGGGCGGCGCCGCGCCGAUGGGCCGGGCGCCCGGCGGAUACAGUCGCCUGGACGGCGGGGCGGCGCCGGAAAUUUUGCAGGAAGAGACGAGUUAUGAUUUUUUUAGGAGGCCGAGAGGGAACGGGCAGAGAGAUGUAUAA